AUGAACCAACCUGUCAUCCUUUAUGCCUUAGAACGGCGCCAAAACGGCGCCAAGAAUGUGUUUCUCACUAAGUCAGAUGUAGAGGGCAUCAUCCGGAUCAAGCAGGGCGACCAGCAGGCGCCCUCAGGCCGGCGGCGGCGGGGUGCGGGAGGGGGGGCGGCAGUGCAGGGCGGCGCCAAGAACUACAGCAAGAAGGUGCUGCAGUUCUUCCAGGUGCUGAAGGGCGCUGGCGGUCAGGACAUCCUGUGCCGCUGCGUCAAGCGCAGCGGAGAGUGGCGGUGGUGCCCCGUGGUGCCGCUCGAGGAGCUGCCCCGAGUGAUCAAGGAGCACCACGAGCGGGCGACUGGCUUCAGCGGUAUCAAGCGGCCCUUUGGCGUGACCAUGUACCGGCUGCGGAGCGGAGCUGGAGUGGUGGAGGGUAUGCAUCAGGCCAGCAGGCUAUCUAAGGCGCCACCCAGCCUGGCCAGCGAGCUGACCUUCAGCGGCACGGCGCAGCGAGGAGUGCCUGUGGUGUCUCUCAAUGUGGCGAUGGCGGCGCAGCCCGGCGGCGGCAAGGCAGCCGAUGACCAGGCCAAGCUUGAACAAUGGCUGAAGGAGGUGGCCUGGCAGGCGUCAGAGCGGGAGGGCAUGGAGACGCAGCGGCGGCAGGCUCGCGAGGCGGCGUUUCAGGCGGACCUGCAGGCGCAGAGCGCCGACCAGCAGCUGCUGCAAGCGCAGCAGAGGGCGCUGGAGCUGGCGCUGCAGCGGGCCGCCCACGCGGAGCAGACGGCAGCGCGGUACAGCCGGGAGCUUCAGGAGGAGAAGUCUGAAUCGGACCAGCUGGCAGCACAGCUGAAGAUACAGCAGCACAAGAACGACCACUCGUUGCAGCAGCAGCAGCAGCUGGAGGCGGCGCGCCGGGCAGAGGGCCGGGCGGAGUGCGCUGAAGCACGGGCGGAACAACUGCGGCAGCGUGGUGCCACCAACUCGGCGUCGUCUCCAGCCGCCAGGCCAGAGGCAGAAGACAUGGCAGACCCGACGCGACAGCUUCGCACGACAGACCUGCAGCAGCAGCAGCAGCAGCAGCAGCAGCAGAAGCAGCAGGCACGGCCGCCUCCGCGAUCUCCGCCUCGGCCCCAGCAGCAGCAAGUGGCGCAGGCGCUGCUGGCGACGCCUCAGCCGGCGGCUUCCUUUGCCAGCAAUGCCGGUGGCAACCUGCUGCCGAACAAUGCUGUGCGGGAGAAUGCUGUGGAACUGGUGGAUCUCACAGACGAAGACAUGGAGGCCGCUCCAAUGCCUGCUCCUCCGCUGCCAGCAGCAGCCCCAUGCUCCAUAGAUGCAGCAGCAGCAGCGCCGGUGCGGGUGCCCGAGCAGAGCCUGACCACACGCAACCUGGCAGCGUUCUUGGCAGGCCCCGAGUUUGCAGGGGCGGCAGAGGACAAACGCGCAUGGCUGAACAUGAGCAUUGUGGACUUUGUGGGCCCACCAGGCGGCCUCCACUCCGACUUCUACUGCUUCCGCAUGCCUGUGACAGAGGCAGAGGCGCCUGGCUACCACGCAGUGAUCAAGCACCCCAUGGAUUUCGGGACGAUGAAGGGCAAGGCUGAGCGCGGGCAGUACCGCAAACCAGCGGAGUUCAGGGCAGAUAUGGAGCUGAUUGUGAGCAAUGCCCGGCAGUAUAACGAGGACACCGCGCACCCAGUGCACAAAGCAGCGGGCAUGCUGGAGGAGCGCCUGAGGCACCCGCGCUGCUUCUACGCAAAGAUGGACAAGGAGUGGGGUGGACAGUGCGUGCAUUAG